CUCACCGGGCCCAGGCGGGCCCAGGCAGCCCCGGGGCGACGGGAAGUAGCGUGGGACUGGGGGCAGGGCCGCGGGCCGCGUGGGGCGGCUAAGGCACGCGCCGCAGGUGCCGAGAUGGAGGCGCCGAUGGAGGUGGUGGCGCAGAUGGAGAGCCUGGCCUUGGAAACUGGCACUGGUGGCACGGCGGCGGGCGCGGAGGGGCAGGAGGCGAGCAUGGAGGCGUCUCCGGGAGAGGAGCGGGCGGCGAGCACGGCGGGGCCGCCGGGAGAGGAGCGGGCGGCGAGCACGGCGGGGCCGCCGGGAGAGGAGCGGGCGGCGAGCACGGCGGGGCCUCCGGGAGAGGAGCGGGCGGCGAGCACGGCGGGGCCGCCGGGAGAGGAGCGGGCGGCGAGCACGGCGGGGCCUCCGGGAGAGGAGCGGGCGGCGAGCACGGCGGGGCCUCCGGGAGAGGAGCGGGCGGCGAGCAAGGAGUGGCCGGCGGGCGAGGGGCGGGCGGCGAGCACGGAGGGGCCUCCGGGAGAGGGGCGGGAGGCGAGCACGGAGGAGCCCACGAGCGAGGGGCGGGAGGUGACCAUGGAGUGGCCCCCGAGCGAGGGGCGGGAGGCGAAUAUGGAGGGGCCUCCGGGCAUGGGGCAGGAGGCGACCGUGGAGGGGCUUUGGGGCGAGGGGCAGGAGGUGAAUAUGGAGGGGCUUCGGGGCGAGGGGCAGGAGGCGAAUAUGGAGGGGCUUCGGGGCGAGGGGCAGGAGGCGAAUGUGGAGGGGUCUCCGGGCAUGGGGCAGAAGGUGAAUAUGGAGGGGCUUCGGGGCGAGGGGCAGGAGGCGAAUAUGGAGGGGUCUCUGGGCAUGGGGCAGGAGGCGACCGUGGAGGGGCUUCAGGGCGAGGGGCAGGAGGUGAAUAUGGAGGGGCUUCGGGGCGAGGGGCAGGAGGCGAAUGUGGAGGGGCUUCGGGGCGAGGGGCAGGAGGCGAAUAUGGAGGGGCUUCGGGGCGAGGGGCAGGAGGCGAAUGUGGAGGGGUCUCCGGGCAUGGGGCAGGAGGUGAAUAUGGAGGGGCUUCAGGGCGAGGGGCAGGAGGCGAAUGUGGAGGGGCUUCGGGGUGAGGGGCAGGAGGCGAAUAUGGAGGGGCCUCUGGGCAUGGGGCAGGAGGUGAAUAUGGAGGGGCUUCGGGGCGAGGGGCAGGAGGCGAAUAUGGAGGGGCCUCUGGGCAUGGGGCAGGAGGCGAAUAUGGAGAGGCCUCUGGGCAUGGGGCAGGAGGCGAAUAUGGAGGGGCCUCUGGGCAUGGGGCAGGAGGCGAAUAUGGAGGGGCUUCGGGGUGAGGGGCAGGAGGUGAAUAUGGAGGGGUCUCUGGGCAUGGGGCAGGAGGCGAAUAUGGAGAGGCCUCUGGGCAUGGGGCAGGAGGCUAAUAUGGAGGGGUCUCUGGGGAUGGGGCAGGAGGCGACCGUGGAGGGGUCUCUGGGCAUGGGGCAGGAGGCGACCGUGGAGGGGCUUCGGGGCGAGGGGCAGGAGGUGAAUAUGGAGCGGCUUCGGGGCGAGGGGCAGGAGGCGAAUAUGGAGGGGCUUCGGGGCGAGGGGCAGGAGGCGAAUAUGGAGGGGCCUCGGGGCGAGGGGCAGGAGGCGAAUAUGGAGGGGCCUCGGGGCGAGGGGCAGGAGGCGAAUAUGGAGGGGCCUCUGGGCAUGGGGCAGGAGGCGACCGUGGAGGGGCUUCAGGGCGAGGGGCAGGAGGCGAAUAUGGAGGGGCUUUGGGGCGAGGGGCAGGAGGUGAAUAUGGAGGGGCGUUGGGGCGAGGGGCAGGAGGUGAAUGUGGAGGGGCGUCGGGGCGAGGGGCAGGAGGCGAAUGUGGAGGGGCUUCGGGGCGAGGGGCAGGAGGCGAAUGUGGAGGGGCUUCGGGGCGAGGGGCAGGAGGUGAAUGUGGAGGGGCUUCGGGGCGAGGGGCAGGAGGCGAAUGUGGAGGGGCUUCGGUGUGAAGGCCAGGAGGUGACUGUGGAGGGGCUUCGGGGUGAAGGCCAGGAGGCGUAUAUGGAGGAGUCUCCAGGCGGGGGUCAGGCCACCAGCACGGUGUGGGCAGCGAGGUCCCCAUGCCCCCGGGAGACCUGUGGGGCAGACCAGGCCUUGCUGCUGCCAGCCAGUCCCAGCGUGCCACAUGCUGCUGCCUCGUCCUCGUCCUCGGAUUCCGACUCGGACAGUGAUACGGAUUCAGAUAGUUCAUCAUCAACUACAUCCUCCUCUUCGUGUUCUUCUUCAACAGUAUCUGAUGAAGACAGUCAUCCAAAUGAGAAGGAUAACAGAUCUUACUGUGUUAAAAUAAAAGAUGAGUUGCCUACUGAUGAAUUGCCUCCUGUUGAAGACUUAUCAAUAAUUCUGCCUGGUGAUGUAGAACUGAAGCUCUUUGGAACAGUUUCCAGCAUCAUCGAGCAGCUAGUAAUAAUUGAAUCCCUGAGAGGCCUACCUCCAGUAAAUGAGGAAAGCAUAAUUUUUAAAGAAGAUCGGCAAGCAGCAGGAAAGAUAUUUGAGAUAUUUGGUCCUGUUUUACAUCCCUUUUACGUUUUAAGAUUUAACAGCUCUGAGCAUAUCAAAGCAAAAGGUAUUAAUGUGCAAGAUAGCAUGUAUUUUGCUCCAUCAGUGGAGGACUUCACCCAGUAUAUAUUUGCAGAGAAACUGAAACAGGAGAAAGGUUCAGAUGCAUCUUGGAAGAAUGACCAAGAACCGCCACCUGAAGCCUUGGAUUUCAGUGAUGAUGAAAAAGAGAGAGAGGCAAAACAGAAGAAAAAGAAGCCUCAAAGUCAAGGAAGGAAGAAACUUAGAUCAGAAACAAAUGCAUCAAGUGAGAAUGGAGGACUAAAUCAGUCAAUGCAACAGCCUCCUUCAGGCCAUUCAAGGGGUUACUGUGGCAGAGGGUUCUUCAGGGAUCCAUUUCCUCGUUCAUCAGGCCCUCCAGGUUUUUUGAGACAGCCAGUAAGACCACCACAGCUGUACUCUUCAGACAACAGGAUACAUCAGGAAUCUCCAAUGUUUCCACAGUCUCAAAGAAAAGAAAAUCCAAUGAUGCAACAGUAUACCUUUCCUCCAGUUUUUCGUUCUGUUGAUGAGAUGCAUCCAUUCUACCUUCCACCUUCAAAUCUGAAUAUGAUUUGGACAGGCCCGAACAUGUACAACUCACCAUACCCAUUCUUGCCGCCGCCACCACCACCGCCACCUCCUCCACCUCCUCCAGAUAGCCAUCCUCAGUUCAGGCCUUACUAAGUUUCCAUAAACGUGCAUACGGAGCAUUGCACUUUAAAGGGACAAAGAACAGGCUGCCAAGACUGUACUGCCUUAUUUUGGAGACCUUUCGGUUUUUUCCAUCAGUUGGACAAAUGCAGAGUUGGAUGCUUUGUGGGACGUCCAUAGAAAACUAUUUUUUCCUAUAUAUGUUUUCUGUUCCAAAGAAAGGAAACUGUCUGAUAAAAAUAACAGAAUAUUAAAUAAUGGUUUAUUUUUAUAAUAUCUAUUAGUGUGGGAUGAUAAAUAAAAGUCUUUUGGAGACUGGUA